AUUGUCUCAGCGUCAACUUUCCACUCUCCCUCCCCAGGUGAGACGUCUCCAUCUUCUGCAGAGGGAAGGCCGAAGGAUGGAUGCUGGUGUUCUUCAAGGCCUGUGAGUGAGCUUGCAGUGGCCGGAGGAGAGAGCACAGCAGAGGGCAGAUAAGUCGUUGAUCUGUGACUGGAUGCUGCCGUGCUCACAAUGACGGACUGCAGGACUGUGUGGGACGGUCAAGGCUCCUCGUUGCAGGAGAGGCUGGGCUCUCUGUGGACCAUGAACCGCUACACCACUCUGAAGCAGCUGGGGGACGGCACAUAUGGCACCGUGCUCCUGGGAAAGAGCAACGACUCCGGGGAGCUGGUGGCGAUUAAGAGGAUGAAGAGGAAGUUUUAUUCAUGGGACGAGUGUUUGAAUCUGAGAGAAGUGAAGUCUCUGAAGAAGCUGAACCAUGCUAACGUGGUGAAACUGAAGGAAGUCAUCAGAGAAAGCGACCACCUCUACUUUGUCUUUGAGUACAUGAAAGAAAACCUCUAUCAGCUCAUGAAAGAGCGAAACAAGUUGUUCCCUGAGUCAGUCGUCAGAAACAUGACAUUUCAGAUAUUACAGGGACUGUCCGUUGUUCACAAACAUGGGUAUUUCCAUCGUGAUAUGAAGCCGGAGAAUUUGCUCUGCAUGGGUCCAGAGCUGGUUAAGAUUGCAGACUUUGGACUAGCAAGGGAAAUCCGCUCCCAGCCGCCUUACACUGAUUAUGUGUCCACGAGAUGGUAUCGGGCCCCAGAGGUUCUGCUCAAGUCCAACUCCUACAGCUCACCCAUCGACAUCUGGGCCGUGGGCUGCAUCAUGGCGGAGCUGUACACCCUCGGACCUCUGUUCCCCGGCAACAGCGAGGUGGACGAGAUCUUCAAGAUCUGUCAGGUGCUGGGAACGCUGAGGAAGUCGGACUGGCCUGACGGCUACAACCUGGCCUCCUCGAUGAACUUCCGCUUCCCGAAGUGUAUCCCCACCAGCCUCAGAGCCCUGGUCCCCAACGCCAGCGACGAGGCGAUCACGCUGAUGAAAGACAUGUUGAGGUGGGAUCCAGAGAAAAGACCAAGUGCUGCUCAGGCUCUGCGGUAUCCAUACUUCCAUGUCGGCCAGGCACUUGGAGCUCCUCUGAAGUUCUCAGAGCAGCACAAGGCCCGGACGAAGAUUUCCGAGGCGGCUACAGAACCAAAGCCUCUGUCCCUCUGUGAGACGGACCUGGAGCCCAGCGAGCAGAGGAAGACCCAGGUGGAGCUAAAGUCCUCCAGGCUACCUCUACACCAGCCUCUACAGGAGAUCCCUCUUCCUCAGGACAACACAGAUCCAACGUCACAACAAGCUACAGCGGGGCGGCAGCAGCAGCAGCAGCCGCUCAGCCUGGUGAAGAACCAGCAACCACAGCGAGGGCCGGCUGCUGGAGCUGAGAACAUCGUGUCUGGAGUCAGGACCGGACGUAGACGAUGGGGUCAAACAUCGUUCAAGCCAGUCGACAGCUGGGACGACGGUGACGACACAGGCGCUGGAGGUUCCAUCUCCAAAAAACCCACCAUAAGUUCUCUGAAAGAGAGGACAUUUCCGGAGUCAAAGAACAACACAGUAGCUAAGUUCCCGAGUGGCAGCGGGCUCAAGAGAACGGACUCCACCUCCUCAUCUGCCAAGCAGCACUACCUCCGCCAGUCCAGGUAUCUGCCAGGCAUUAAUCCAAAAAGCAACUCCUCAGGACGAAGCCAGGUGACCGGCAGGAACCUGUGGGACAACUCUUGUCCAACCAGAGGACGGGCCCUGGAAUUCCAUCUUAAUAAAGAUAAGCAGCUUCUGAAGGAAAAGAACCUGGAGGAAGUUGAUCUUUCCAAAGACUCGUUAAUGAGCAACAACCAAACCAAGACAAAUAAAUCAGCUGCUCAGAAGAGUGAAGCGGCAGCAGCUCGACUGAAGAACACGCCGAUCGAAGGCGACUCUGCAAUUGAUCUCUCCUCAACUGCUGAUCUGAGAACUGAUUCCAAAACCAGAAUGUGUAAGAACAAGAUCUCUUCAAAUAAACUGGCCCCCUCAAAUGAAGAGUACGAAAGGUGGAGGAGCAGAUCUGUGAAUCCUCACAUCUCUGGAUCCAGCAGCGGCUCUGCGGCGAACAAAAGCUCCUCACGGGGCACAAACAACCAGCCGGUGCACGGACGAGUCGACUGGGCCGCCAAGUACGGAGGCCACCGGUAGCACCAGUGACUCCCACUGCACUUUCACCAAACAGACGCCCGAUGAGACACGAGCAAAGUAGUUAUUUUUGUAUUGAUGUGAAUGAAUG